AUGAUCGUCAAUAUAUCUGUAGCAUUACUCCACACUCUCAAGAUCGCAGUGAGAGAAGGUGGCUCGUCGGCAGGGAAGCUAAGUCCCACGACGGAGAAAGUCUGCCAGGAGCUUAUUCAGAAAUUCGUCACCGAUCCUGAUCCGAUUGUCCGGACAGUUGGCGUGGAAACACUCGGACGUCUAUGUGAGACUUCCGGAAACGCUUUCACUAAUGCCCAAAUAAACUGGCUCGUCGAUACUAUUGUCGAGAACAGAGAACCAAAUGCUCGUGCUGGAUGUGCCGCUGCAUUGGGUUGCAUUCAUUCCCAAAUCGGCGGCAUGGCAGCUGGUCUGCACCUGAAGACAAUUGUCGGCGUCCUGAUGUCGCUCUGCAAUGACCCUCACCCUGUCGUGCAUUUCUGGGCACUAGGUGGUCUAGAAAGGGUAGCGAACUCCGCAGGCUUGACUUUCUCCCCAUUUGUCUCGAGUACCCUCGGUAUGCUAGCUCAGCUGUAUAACUCAGACACCCAUAACGAAGAGGCGGAAACCCUUGCGACGUCCAAUAUUGAGAUGUCGUUCCUUACUCCUGUGGUAAUUGGCCGUUGUGUUGAUUCCCUGAUCAAUGUUCUUGGUCCAGAUUUACAGGAUAUUGCCAAAACGCGAAAUCUGAUCCUCACGCUCCUCCGCCAGUUCCAGCUAGAAGAGAACCCGGCACUGAUCACGGAGAGUUCAAGAUGCUUAGAUCACCUCUCGCUGUAUGCACCGGGAUACGUUGACUUCUCUGCAUACGUGAAGCGCCUGCAGAAUGAGCUUUCUGCUAGCGAUCCGUCGAUGAGGGACGUGGCCAUUCGGGGCUUGACCAAUCUGAUGAAGCGAGAUUCGGCCGCCGUAAUCCAAGCAGCCUCUCCCACCCUAGAAGAAGAGAUCUGGCUCGCAUUUGAUGACACACCCGAUAAUCCUAUCUUGAAGAGCAUGAUCCGAGAUUGGCUACAACAAACAGCUCUCACCGAAACGGAGCUGUGGAUCCAACGCUGCCAUAGUACACUGACAAAGACCCGUCUGAAAAUUGAAGAACAGCUUCCUAUCUCCGCAUUGAAACCUACUGCCACUGACCUGCCGGAUGACGAAGUUGCCGGGUUUGCGUCGGCAAUUGCAGGCGCGGGCCAGGAAGAUACUUCUGGCGAUGCAGUCGCUGGUCAAGAGCUAUUGAAAUGGCAAACUCGAAACUUUGUCAUGAGUUGCCUGAGUGAAUUGCUGGAUCUAGUUCAGGAGGCAAUUCUGCCGGACCAGACGAUUUCCGCUGAGCUGGCUCUCCAGCAGAAGGUCGGGGAGGUCGUGAGAAUGGCGUUUUCAGCGUCCACUGCGAAUGUGGUUGAGUUGCGUGUUUGGGGUCUUAAGAUUCUUGAUCAGAUCUUGAAGAUGUUUGGCAAGACGCCGGACCCAGAUUUCGCAGAAGCUUCGCUUCUUGAACAAUACCAGGCUCAGAUCGGUUCAGCCCUUACACCAGCCUUCGCCGCAGAUUCGUCACCAGAGCUUGCAUCGGAAGCAAUCAACGUCUCUGCCACAUUCAUUGCUACAGGGAUAGUAACAAAUGUAGAACGGAUGGGCAGGAUUCUGAAACUGCUAGUGCUUGGCCUCGAGAACUUCUCGGCAAAACCUGAUACCACUGAGAUUGGGGAUCUCAAAGGUCUCAACUCGAAUGCUAAGGUUAUGGUCAAGAUGGCCCUCUAUGCGGCUUGGGCACGGCUUCAAAUCGCAAGCAUCGAGCACGAAUAUCUCAACGAGGUUGUCCAGCCGUAUUUGUUGAAGCUUACCCCGUUGUGGUUGUCUUCUCUGCAGGAAUAUGCUCGACUCCGGUUUGAGCCGGAUAUUUCGGGCAGUCUGGGAACUGGACCGGAGAGUGGUGAUUUGGAUGAGGUUUAUGCUGCUCUUAACCGGGAGACGCUUCUCAAGUUCUAUCAAGAGACCUGGUUGAGCCUUGUGAAUGCUAUUGCUGGGCUUGUAGAGAGGGAUAUCGACUUUGUCUUUGAUGCUCUUGACGGCAAGACGCAGAUUGAAGAAUCUGAGAAGCCAAAAGAGGAGGAGGAAGAUUCUCACAACGCAGAGCCCAAAUCGGAGCCUAAAGGAAAAGGAGACGAUAUCAACUACCGCGACGAACCAGUUGCAUUCUUCUUCGUGCUGUUUGGACUGGCUUUUGAAGCUCUUGUUGAUCAGUCCACCUCAGCCUCUCAGAGGUUGGAGAUUUUACAAGCGCUGAAGAGAAUUUUGAGGCCAAUUAUCUCAGGAAACGCGAUUUACCAAGAUGCCAUCUUUUCCGAGUCAAUGGACACUUUCGAUCGACUGGCCUUGACCGAAGGAACCGCUAUCCAAAAUGUGAUUGUCGAGAUCGCGCGGAAUCUCGCGUUGGAUCAUCCCUCCGCCAAAGGUGGUGAAGACCGGAGCGACCAUCUGUCCGAUGAUAUUGAGCAGCUCUUUGAGUUAACAAGGAGCAUCAUUCUUGUCCUCGCCGGUCUGCUGCCUAAUCUUCGAGAGUCAACUACUCUCGCACGCUUCAACGUGAGUUCAGACGACGCACUAGCGCUCAUUCGCCUAUCUCUCUCGUCUCUUGUCAACGUCGCAUCUAUAUUCCCAUCCAUCAUCCGAAACGACCUCAACGCAUGCAUACUACACAUCUUUAGCACUAUUCUCGCCACUGGCCUCUGCCAAGCAGAAGUUGUGCCUCAAGCCCUUCCAACAUUCAAACACUUUACCCAAAGCAUUAGCAACCAGCAAGACAGUCUAGAAAGCCAGAGUGUCGUGUCUCGGCAGCUCCGUGGCUGUCUCACGCGCUUCCUCACGACGCUCAUGAUCGCUCAGCGCCGAGAAUCCGAAUCAUCCUUACCUUGUGCCAAAAACACUCUCCUGGCCAUAACCAUCCUCUUAACAACAGGCGGCCAUCUUAUCCCACCACACGAUUAUAUACUUCCUCGGAUUCUUAACGAAUUUCUUGACUGCCUCCAAGACGUUGGUCUCGCCGGCGUCGCAGCAGGCUGCAUCCGCUCAAUACUCCUUUCACCGACUUCCAAGUCACCCACCGACGAGGUGAUCGCCAGAUACCUCACCCCGCGCCUCAUCACCUUCCUCAUAGGCAUCCCGUCGGAGUCUGGAGACAUCCCUAAUGAUCCCGAGAACUCGAGAACUGUCAUUGCACGCACACUCGUUUCCUGUAUUACAACGGCCAAUACCCUCGCCGCGGAGGAAGCGCCUACGGCUAUGUCCCUUGUCAUGUCCUGCCUCCUCGCUCGGGCAAAACGCGAGGGCGAGUCCGUGCACAAGGAAACGGCGGUAUACUUGCUCGAGCUUGCAAAGAGCAACCAGCAAAUCUUCAGGGCGUUGGUGGCGUCCAUGAACGUGGAACAAAAAGGUCUCCUUGAGGGCAUUCUCCGCAGUGUCAACGUGGGUGCUGGCACUGGGGUGGAUCACGAGGAAAGUACGCAGGCAGCUGGACAGCAGAGUAUGCCCAGUAUCGCCUUGAGGUUUGAUCUGUAA